GAUUGUUUGAUUCAUGAAAGAAUAAAAAUAUCCUGUCACAUUCAUGGCAGAAGGAAAACAUAAAAAGAAUCAAAAGCUUUUGAUUAGUUUUGCGGUUUUUGUUUUGCAUGCACUGACACACAAAUGCAGUAUAAAAUCAAUUUUUGAUUUGUACAUUUGUUUGUUUGGUAUCGGGUAUCGAAUUGUACCGUACAAAAAAAGCAAUUGCAAUAACAGAAACCGUUUUAAUCCAAUUAGUUUUGUACCUCUUUUCUGCUAACACGCAUCGCCAUAUUUUCUCUUUCUAAUUAGGUCGCCCCCACUUUGUCCUCAAAAUCCACUAUUAUACGCUGUCGUACACUUAUUUCUCUUUUAAUGGCGGUAUGGCGGUGUGCUUAAGAGCAUUGCCACAUGGAAAAAAAGAACAAGAGAGCAUGGAAACAAUUGUGUGUGAAGCUUAUACAAGCUAUGCGUUGCUCCACAUUCAAUCCAUUAUUUCUGCCAUUUGCAGCAGUUAAACACAUUUGUUUUCAAACUUCAAACGAAACGAAUUUUUUGUUUUAGUUUUUUGCAUGUUUUGCUCUAGUCAUAACUCAAGUGUAACUAGAAUGUCGGUAUAACAACGAAAGAUACUGAAUCGAGUGUGUGUGAGCAUUGAUCGUUACAUCGGAACAAUUGUUUUAUACUUCGUUUUGCACAUUUUGGCUAUUUUCUGUAAAAUAGUUACUAUCUGUUUGUGUUCGUACGCUAACUUCGAGUUAAUAACAGAAUGUCGCCUCUUGCUGAAAGGACUCUGCUGUUAGUUGGUGUUCUGUGCUGUUUACAAGUUUGUACUGCGCUUAUGUGCUAUGAUUGUAACAGUGAAUUCGAUCCACGUUGCGGAGAUCCUUUCCAUCCUUACUCAAUAGGUGAAGUAAAUUGUAGCAAACAAGAACCACUUGAACAUUUAAAGGACAAGUAUAAACCAACUUUGUGCCGCAAAACAACACAAAAGAUUUAUGGUAAGGUACGUGUCGUGCGCGGAUGCGGUUAUAUACCAGAUGAACGUGACGACGGCGAAUGCAUGAAACGUCUGGGUACACACGACGUGCAGGCGAUCUACUGUGCAUGUACAACCGAUCUUUGCAAUCAUGCCGCACCAACACUGCUAACAAAAAAUUUCGUAGUCAACGCAUUGCCCUACACAUUAGCAACAAUAUUUGUAUUGAUAACAUGUAAUUUUAAUAGCUUAAAUUUAAGUUUCAGGCAACAUUCAUAAAUCUGAGAAUUAUAGCAAUAAAAUUAAACAAAUUAUUUUUUAUUUAAAACGUUAAACAAACAGCAAGUGUCGUCAUUUUUUGAGGUAAAUAAUAACACGAGCCAAAGGUGAGGUCAAAUAGUGCUUGAGAGAAGCUCCAACCUAUAGUAAAGAUUAAUACUAAAAACAAAUAAUAAAAGUAUAAAAAUAUAAAAAACAAAUUAAUAUAAAAAAAUCUUUAUUUUGCAAACAUAUGUGUUCGAUUUACGAAAGAAAAAUAAUAUAUUAUAUAAAAAUAGAAAAAUUAUAUUCAAUUGAGUGCUAGCGCUUUGGUGGGGGACUCCCAAAUGGCUUUGUAUUUCAACUAUGGAAGAAAUUUUUAUUUAAUCAACAUACAAAAACAAAAAAAAAAAAACAAAACAAUAUACA